AUGGACCCAUCGGUCGGUCGUCGGGAAAGUGUGGCCAACAAUAUGUGCGACCAAAACAAGUUUGAAUUCGUGAUCAACACUAACGAGACAUACAUUAAACCCAACGAACAGUUCAAUAGUUUCAGCGAUCAGUUGAACUCCAAGACCAUCGUUGAGGACAUAGUGUCGGCGCCGACCGCUGCCAACGCCGUGUCCGCCGGCGACCGCUCGCCGCCGGCCAUUGUCUCCAAGACUGCCGACAAGUUCGUCGACUUCGCGGUCAAACAGUAUCGAAACGAUGGCUUCGUCUGCACUGUGGAUGAAAAUGACCGACAGAUCUAUUACUGCUAUUACUGUCACCAAUACAUCAGUGAUUAUGAUCUCAUCGCCGCUCAUAUCGAUAGCGCCCAACACCUGAAGAAUAUUCUGAACGGUAUUUCGUUUGAUAAGGGAUUGGAUAAAGAGUUUGUUGUGGAAACUGUUGCCGAAGACAAGACUAAGAAGAAGUUGCUCAAACUGAUUGAUAAAGUGUUGACACGAAUGCCUCUUCAUCUCAAGCAUUAUUACUUCCGCAAUGGUAUCCGUCUUAUGAAUGUGAAGCCACCGGACGCUUACUUUUGCAAAUUUUGUAAUCAAACGAUUCAGGACUACAAAGACAUUGAAACCCAUUUGUUAAUAGAGAGC